AUGAGAAGAUUACAGUUUAUUGGUCGCAAGAGACAAGUCCAGAAUCCCCAGCGACAGCAGCCUUUGGUUUAUUCUUCGGGACAUUUGUUGGGCCUACCGUCAGAACUGCUAGUACUGGUGGUGGGAAAGCUUGACACGCACAGCAUGAUUACUCUUUCGCUCACCUGCACAACUCUGAACGACCUUAUAAGGAAGGAAUUUUUGUUCAAGGAAGUUCGUCUGGAUUCAAGAUCGAAUAUCGAGCGCUUCAACAGACUGCUGCGAAAAUCUGGAAACCGCAUAAUACCCAUUAUUACCAGGUUGGUGCUGACCUCGCCUGCCUUACGCAUGGACUCGAUGGAUGUUAGUAUGGGAACGAUAGGAGUGAAUUACGGGAGUAGAAACAAUGCCAUAGAGAGAGACUACGUUGAUUGUCUAAUGGACAUGUCUUUUUUACCAAAUCUCCAAGAACUGAUUAUAUUGGAUAUUCCUCCCAGAUUUGAGUUUCCUUCGUGGACUGCCCUUUGCAAAAGGCUGGAGGCCAAAGACAGAAAAUGGUACGGGUCUGCGAGAGAGAUUGUCCCGAAAUUUUCAGUUAAACGGCUGGAUUUGUCUUCUGCAAGUGGCUGGUCCAUUCCGCUCAGGUCCAAUUUACUCUGGACUUUUGGCCAAUUCAUAGAGCUACGACUGUCAAAUAUGAUCAUUGACUCACAGUCACUACAGUCAACCAAGUAUCUCUACGACGCCAAUUCAGAAGAUUUUGUGAGGGAUGACGCCAUAAAAGAUAAUUAUGCAUCUGCGUGCCAAGUUUUAGUUCUGAGUGGCUGUUCCGUCCAACCAGGAGCAUUGAAGAGGUUACCCAAGUACUUUUGCCAGGUCAAGCGAUUAGAGCUCUACGGCAUCAAGAACCUGUCCGACCUAACGGUGGUGACGUCCUUCCAUUCUGCUGACACUAUUCUGCUUGAUUUUGGCUCCAGAGUAUUUCAGAACUUUCUCCAUAAAUAUUCCGGCAGUUUUGACGGAUUUUUCGCUCUACUGUGCAACUUUCCGUGGUUAAAGAAGCUCGAACUCAUCAAUGUGGAUUUCCUCAACAUGGCAAAUGUUCCCAGAGAGCCCACCAACUCGCUAGAUUUCAGCUCUUACAAGGUUUGUUUAUUUUGGUUCUUCACCAGACUAUCUCAACUAUCCGAGCUGUCAAUCGUUCUGACUUCUAACAACUCUAACCUGAUUCGUGACGCAGAAGAUCGUGAUUGGAGACAAUUGCUGAACCCGUUCAAUGGCGAAGCAUGUAAGGUAAGCGUCUACACAUCGAAGGGGAUGUUGCUCCACAAGAAAAUAUGA